CGUACUCUGUUUUGUAAGUCUCCGACGGCAUCCGGGUACUGGUAAUGUCAACAAAAUCCAAUGUUACUAUCCGUGAAAUAGCAUUAAAACUCAGAUUGUAAUAUACGAAAUGGUCAAUCUUGGUCUCACUCGAGUGGACGACGAGCUGGUGGCGAAACACCCGGGCUUAGAAAGGUAUGCCGCCUGUCAGUCUCACGCCUUCAUGAAGGGGACUGGAACCUUUAUUCUUGGUGCUGUUGGCCUUUUUGCUCUGCAGAAGAUUCUACAAAAGAGACUUGCUUAUCCCUUGCAGUGGAAUUUGCUUGUUUCCAUCGUGGGGUCAUCGGUAGGUAGCUACGCUGUGACACGUUGGGAAACGCAGAAAUGCUCCGACCUCUGGUUGCUACUUGAAACUGGCAAAGUCCCGGAUAGGUUGCAGCCACAAAUGUUGAAAGCAGAGGAACCAUCGGGGAGUGGGAAGACAAAAUAUGGCGAUGUGAUGGAUUAAAAUCUUUUAACCCUUUCAUGCAGCUUGGAACCUGAUAACAUGAUAAGCUGCCCACUGUAGUAACUGCUGUCCCUGAAAGGGUUAAAACGAACAAUGUUAUACAGUGGAGCCUGUCUGUUCUGGGAAGCUGGUCUACCUCCCAGUACUGUUUUCACAUCGGAAAUAUAAUUUGUCAUAUUUACGUGCACAAAAAGUGCUUUCUCCCUUUGUACCAUCAUUAAUAUGAGGAUAAAAAGAGACACUGCAAGUCAGGGUUUUGUGUUGCUCUUUUUUUUUUGGCAUCAGAUAUUAAGCCUAUGAUCUGGUAUUAAUUUUUUUUUGGGGGGGGGUGUUGGCUCUGUAAUACAUUUUAGACAGCAGUGUCACUCAGCGGAUGCUCAACCAUGAGACUCUGCUGGGAUUACCUGUCACAUUAUUGGGAGGUUGGGUGAAAAUGCUUGAUUGUAUUUAUGGACAUCACCCUCCGACUUGAGGCAUGUUCCUAAAUUUGAUCAGGUGUGGUGAAAAAAAAAAAGCUCAAAUCCGGCCUACCACUUCAAGCUAAACCACCACUUGUACUGCUCCUUCCAACAAUAGUGCCUUGCAUGAUAAGUGAACGCAGUGAUCAAAGGUCAAGCUUUAAUGCCCCAAGAACAUGCUCAAUCGCUAAUUCUCUGCGCUGGCAAUGCAAGCUCACAGCAGUGCCGUGACUAAAACACUGUUUCCAAAUCCAAAUUAGAAAAAAAAAAAAAGGAAAUGUUUCGGCUGUAUCUUCAGUGUUAUUUAUUGCCUCUCGAGUGCAGCUGCGUGUGUGCGCAUCCUCCCACUGCAGUUACUCAAUGUUAUUCCACUGUCACUUUGGCUCGAAAAAAAAAAAAAGAAAAGAAAGCUCAAAUGCCCACGA